GAGAAGGAGACGGGAGAGAAGCGGGCAGCGGGAGAUAGAAGGAGAAAUAGAGCAGAAGAGGAAAUACAGACAGAGAAGGAUUAGAGAGACAGACGAGAGGGAGAGAGAGAGGGAGAGCGGAGAGAGGGAGUGUCUCCGUCUGACAUCCCAACGCAGCAUCACGGAGCGCAGGAGCCGUCAGACAGCAUCCAUCCCUCCUCCUCCGGCUACAUGGGCUUGCCGUGUUCAAACCGAAAUUCUUUGACAAUGGGGAACUAGACUGAGAGAAGAUGUCCAACUCGGUGGCUUCCUACGAUCAGCUGGUGCGCCAGGUGGAAGCUCUCAGGAAAGAGAAUACACACCUGCGCAGAGAGCUGGAGGAUAACUCCAACCACCUGUCCAAGCUAGAGAAUGAGACCUCUGACAUGAAGGAAGUACUCAAGCAGCUGCAAAGCAAGCUGGAGCAGGAGGCUUGCACUUUGGCCUCGUCAGGGAGAACUGACGUACUGGACCAGCUCAAAGAGUUGCACAUGGAUUUGACCAACUACUAUGAGCUCAAGUACCAGCCACACAAUCUGCGAGUGUUCUCAGAGAGCCUGGCUCCCCAGGCUUCAGAGGGGGAGGACAAACUGCCACUCCACCCCUCUGGUGUACUGAGAGCCAGGAGUCCUAUAUACACAGCCAGCCGUCAAGGUCCCAUCCUCUCAGGGGAAGGAACAGCCUUGCACCCCGGCACUCCGCACCUCCUGGAGGCAGCUCAGCCCAAAGGUGGCCCAAAUGGAGAGGGCCGGAUAACUGCCCAGCACCUGGAAGACCUCUGUAAGGAGAGGGCCAUGCUUCUAAGUGAGAUUGAGAAAGAGGAACGUGAGCGUCGUUGGUACUACUCCCAGCUGCAGGGACUGUCACAAAGGCUGGCUGAACUCCCACGCAUCGACACUUUUUCAAUGCAGAUGGACUUGAUUCGACAGCAGCUGGAGUUUGAAGCCCAGCAGUUGCGCUCCGUCAUGGAGGAACGUUUUGGGACCUGCGAUGAAAUGGUACAGAGAACACAGAUCCGAGUGGCCCGCCUUGAGCAGUUGGAGAAGGAGCUACAGGAGGCAAAGGAAGCCCGGGGCUCCCAGGAGAAAAGCCCCCCAACAGACAGUCAGACAAAUGCCAGUGACAAGCCAGCGAUGCCAGCUGAACCUGAAAACCUCUGUAACAACUCUGGUUUGGAGGUAUCUGGAGAAGCUGGAAGCAAAGUGGAGAUGGUGUUCUGGCUGCUUUCUAUGCUUGCUACAAGAGACAGGGAGGAGAUGUCCCGCACUCUGCUGGCAAUGUCCAGCUCCCAGGACAGCUGUAUUGCCAUGCGCAAGUCAGGCUGUGUCCCCCUAUUGGUGCAGAUCUUGCAUGAUGGGCUAGGCGGCCCUGGGGAGUUGCCUGGAACUGGGGGCUGCAGCCGAGAGGCCCGGUCCCGUGCUAGUGCUGCCCUCCACAACAUUGUGUACUCCCAACCAGAUGAGGGGCAGGCGCGGCGAGAGAUGAGGGUGCUGCACGUGCUGGAGCAGAUCCGCUCACACUGUGAGAGUGGCUGGGACUGGAUUGAAACCCACGUCUGUACUCCUUCCCCAGGGGGGAUAAAACCUGCAGACAUUCCAGAACCAGUGGAGCCUCAGAUAUGCCAAGCCAUGUGUGCCAUCAUGAAGCUCUCCUUUGAGGAGGAAUACCGACGGGCCAUGAAUGAACUUGGUGGUUUGCAAGCAGUGGCCGAGUUGCUGCAGCUGGACCAAGAGCUAUAUGCCAUGUCGAACGACCCCUUGAACCUGGCUCUCCGGCGAUAUGCUGGCAUGGCUCUCACAAACCUCACAUUUGGAGAUGUGGUCAACAAGGCCACUCUUUGCUCCAAAAAAAGCUGCCUGCAGGCAAUUGUAUCACAACUUGCAUCUGAUAGUGAAGAACUGCAUCAGGUAGUAUCCAGUAUUUUGAGAAAUCUUUCUUGGCGAGCUGAUAUAAACAGCAAGAAAACACUGAGAGAAGUAGGCAGUGUGUCUGCACUAAUAAACUGUGCACUUCAAGCUACAAAGGAGUCCACUCUGAAGAGUGUACUGAGCGCCUUAUGGAACUUGUCAGCACACAGCACUGAGAAUAAGGUGGCCAUCUGCUCUGUGGAUGGAGCUCUUGGCUUCCUGGUGAGCACACUCACUUAUAAAUGUCAGACAAACUCACUGGCAAUCAUUGAGAGUGGUGGUGGUAUUCUGCGGAAUGUGUCCAGUCUCAUUGCCACCCGGGAGGACUACAGGCAAAUCCUGAGAGACCACAACUGCUUACAAACCUUACUGCAACAUUUGAGGUCUCACAGUCUAACUAUUGUGAGCAAUGCCUGUGGGACACUCUGGAACCUGUCAGCUCGGAGCCCUAAAGACCAGGAACUCCUCUGGGACUUGGGAGCUGUCAGCAUGUUGCGCAAUCUCAUCCAUUCCAAGCACAAGAUGAUAGCUAUGGGGAGUGCUGCAGCUCUUCGAAACCUCCUCACCAAUCGCCCUCUAAAAUACAAGGACGCUGCUGUUGUAUCUCCAGGAUCCUGUAUGCCAUCCCUGUAUAUGAGAAAGCAAAAAGCCUUGGAAGCUGAGUUGGAUGCAAAACAUUUGGCAGAAACUUUUGAUUCAAUUGAAAAACAAAGCCCUAAGCAUCCAAGCAUCAACAAGCCACUGCGGCAUAUUGAAAGCCUAGCAAAAGAUUAUGCCUCUGACUCUGGUUGCUUUGAUGAUGAUGAGGCCCCAAAUGUCUCCAGUAGUCUAGACACAGGUAGCUUCUCAAUGCUGUCCAUGUUCCUGAACAGCUCAAAUGUCCUCCAAGGUCAGCCUCGAAAGAAGGACUGUGAACCUCAGCGAGACACAGAGGCAGAGGCAGAGAAUAACAAAAGGGCUACAUCCCCUGAAAAUGAUGUGUCUGUUGCAGCAGAGAAUUUGGCCAAAAAGAUCACCAAAACAGUUGCUAAAAUUGACAAGUUGGUGGAAGACAUUACCAUGCACACAUCCUCAGAGGACAGUUUCAGCUUGAGCUCAGAAGACCAUUUUGUUGACUGGCAGUAUGGUUCAGAUGAGCUUCAUGAAGCUCGGGCCAAGUCAUGUUCCCCCUGUCGCCUAUCUGACACCAGCAGCUUUGCACACAGAGAGAGGCUGAGUAGAGCCCAUGCUCUAUUACGCCUCAAAACAGCUUACACAAGUCUGUCCACGGACAGCCUGAACAGUGGCAGCACCAGUGACAGCUAUUGUGGUGGUAAAGACCAGAUACGACCAUCUGCACGAUCAACAAUGGUGCAAAGGCGCCCUAAUAAAUUAGAUCUUAAGGUGGCCCAUCAAGAAUAUCUUAAUAAUGAGUCUUAUCGUGUGCAUAAUGAAACAAGCCAGAAAGAGCUGCCAGAAAGAGAUUCAGAAGACAUCAAGGAGAUAAAAACUCAAGAGCUAAGUAGCAUAGGCACAGAGAAGGGUCAAGAGCCACCACCACCAACACCUGCUACUGAUUCAACUAAAGUCUCAUCAGAAGCUAACGUGUCUACAAUCAAGUUGUCCCCUUCCUAUCAGCAUGUUCCAUUAAUACAGAGUGUUGCAAAGUUUGGUGUAGCUAAGAACACUAUAAAUGUGCAGGCAGCUCAAGCAAUGAGAAGACAGGCUUGGGUUCCUGGAGUAAUGACUGGUGGGAGUAUUAGCAAGUUUUCACCAAUGAGUUCUGCACGAAGUCCAACUUUGGGACAGAUGGAGACUCUGCAGAGGUAUUCAGUAGAGAACACGCCAAUCUGCUUUUCUCGCUGUAGUUCUCUGUCUUCAUUGUCUUCAGGUGAUGGAGCUCUAGAUGGUCAGAGCCAAAGUGAAAAUGAACUGGAAAGUGAUUCGUCUCUUGAAAUCAUUGAAGUAGAUGGAGGUGACCUAGCUAGUAAAGAGGAUGAUGACCUCUUGGAAGAUCUCACUGAUAACCAGCUUCUGGUUACAGAUACUAAAACAUUUGCAAGCGGCAGUCCAACCUCUGAGCCCAUUGAGAUUCCCUGUUCUACUAAACGAGAGAAGGUGUUUCUCAGAGGAGUCUCACCAGGCAGACAUGAAGACAGGACCCCAUCAAGCUCAUCAGAGAACUACAUUCAUGAGACUCCACUUGUGAUGAGCCGUUGCAGCUCAGUAAGCUCACUUGGUAGCUUUGAGUCCCCCUCAAUAGCUAGCUCCAUACAAAGUGACCCUUGCAGCGAAAUGAUCAGUGGAACCAUCAGCCCAAGUGAUCUUCCUGACAGCCCAGGACAAACUAUGCCUCCAAGUCGUAGUAAAACUCCCUGCUGUGUUGACACAAGUGGACAAGAAACACAGAUUGGAGGAGGUGCUGGACAAUGGGAAAGCAACUUGCGGAAGUUCAUGGAGAUUGCUGAUUUUAAGGAGCGAUUUAACCUACCUCCAGAUCUGGAUACCAUGAUAUAUUUUACAGUAGAAAAGCCCACAGAGAACUUUUCAUGUGCCUCUAGUUUGAGCGCUUUGCCACUUCAUGAACAUUACAUUCAGAAGGAUGUUGAGCUCAAGCUUAUGCCUCUGCUUCAUCAGAAAGAUAACAACCCAACCUUUACUGUGAUGCAUGAAGAAAGAGAUGAAGUAGCCGAUAAGCAUUCCUCAUUUAUUGACCAAACAGAGAGAUACAGUGAAGGUAACUCUGAUGAUGACAUUGAAAUUCUCAAAGAGUGCAUCAACUCAGCAAUGCCCUCCAAAUUUAAAGUCAGAAGCUCACUUAUAUCUACACUUUCUUCUCAAGUUCUGAACUCCCAAGCUCGAAAGUCUUUACAAUUGCCUCGUUACAUAGUACUUCCUAAUCAUACCAGUCAAAAGUGUUCUGUAGGAAAGGCUGGAAUUCCAGAAAAGGAUAUAUAUCAUGAUGAUUCAUCUUUUACUGACUCAGCUGAAGGUACCCCGGUAAACUUUUCAAGCACUACAUCUUUAAGUGAUGAAACGCUCCAGUAUCCAGUAAAGGAGAAAGGCUCAAAGGACUGGCGGUCUAGAGCUACAGAUAAACAAGAACUGAUGGAUCUGGAGGCAAAGAGAAUUGAAGAGCUUCGGAAUUUUUCACGAUUCCAGAAGCCCACUAGAAUAGUUACACACCCCCAAAAUACUGCUGGUAGUCAGAUGAACAGAAGCUUUAAGCAAGUUGUUCCUACACAAAAAAUUCUUAUGCAAAAUAAAGACCUGGCAGCUAAAAUGGUUCAGUACAGAAACAUAGAUGUAUCACCCAAAAAUCAAAUAAGAAAGCAGGAAGAGAAUAAGUCAUGGAAUGUACCACAAUUAGACUUAUCCACAAGAAAGCAAAAUAUUGAUAGUUACCCAAAUAAAAGUGUGCUGCACAGAGGUCUUGGUGGAAACAACACAUCUUGCCAGUCAAUGAGUCAACGAGCCCUCACUGAAGAAGCCAUGUACUGCUUCUGUGAUGACCAUGUAAACAAGAUGGAGAAAGAGAAGAUCACAAACAUUAGCAGAAAACAAAUAAAAGAUGGUAGCAGGAAUAUACUGAGUCAAAAUUUGAAUAAUGUGGACCGGGGAGCUAACACCCAAACAAGGCACAAAGGUGUUAAUAAGGUUAAGCAUAAUUUAAUUGUUGAUGAGACACCACCGUGCUAUUCUCUCAGUUCAUCCCUUAGCUCUUUAAGUGAUGCAGACCUUGAAGAAUACCAGGGAAAAAACCAGCAAGCAUGGGCCAAAAACAGGAACCAUAUUACUUCCAGUCAAAGUUAUGAACCAACAAAGUCUCUAAAUGAUUGCUCUCAGUAUGAUGAGAAUGACUCAAGUUCAGUUAGCCUGAAUUCAGAGGAUGAUCUUCUCCAAAAAUGUAUAACUUCUGCUAUGCCGCAGAAAAGGAGAAAACUUUCUACAAGAAAAAAGAAAACAGAGAGGGGACAGAAACUCAAGAGCAAUAAGGCUAGGGAAGGCUGGGCAUCAGAAAAAGACCUUGACAGUGAUGAAAUGGCCUCUGAUAAAGACUCAGAUCUUAAUAGUGUUGAAUGGAGGGCAAUACAAGAGGGAGCCAAUUCUGUUGUUACAAGGUUGCAAGCUGCAUCUAAGUCCCAGGAACCUUCAUCUGAGUCUGAGUCUGUUUUUUCGUUUAUGUCUGGUGUUUCAACGGGAUCGAGUCUUCAACCCAGAAAAGAAAAGAAUGAUGAAAAGAAAAAUGUCAAAGACAACAUAAACAAGGGAAGCAAAGUAUCAGAGAACAGAAAUUCAAGGAAACAGCUUGAUUUUGCGCAACGAAAGCCAGUUCCAAAUUUGCCUGUGGUUUUUAGAGGUAGAACUGUGAUCUACAUGCCGAAGAAGGAGACAAGCCUUUCACAAAGACCACCUACAAAGAAAGUUUCUCCCAAGACUGAAACUCAAGUGAAGAAUCCAAACCUAGCCCAACAGAGGUCUAGAAGCCUACACAGACUAGGAAGGCCUAAUGAUUCAACUGAACUGUUUUUGCCUAAAAGAAGCUCAACACCACCAGCCAGAAUACCAAAGAGUACAUCUUCAGGAUCAUCUCAGAACUCUACCCCAUCAAAACAGUCUCAGAAGAAAUUGAUAUCCCCUUCACAAACUAGUAAGCAAACUCUAAAGAAAGAUGCACACCCAACAAACAACCAGUCUGAUAAAAAGGGGAACUUCACAAAUCAAAAACCCAUAAAUACAAAUUCACAGACUCCCAAAAAAACUCAAAAGUCACCUGUGAGAAUUCCCUUCAUGCAGAAUCCAGCAAGGCAAUCCAUACCUUCGAGAACUAUAUCACCUUUAGUCACUAACCAGUCCUCUGGUGUCAACAGACAAAAUAACCAGUUGUCAGGAAAAAGAAACCUACCUACCAACCGCCUUGAUUUUGUCCGCAUGACUUCAGCUCAUUCAAGUAGCAGUGAGUCUGACCGUAAUGGCUUCUUGAGACAGUUAACUUUCAUUAAAGAAUCACCUAGUAUGUUGAGACGUGAGGUUUCAUCUUCGUGGUCUGUGCCUACCUCUCAGUGUGCAUCUCCACGAAGAACACGACCUGGUGCCCCAGCUGUAUUUCUUUGUUCUUCACGUUGCCAAGAGUUGAAAGCUGUAGCGGUAGGCCAGAGACAAAUGCAAGGAAGGACACAAGGACAAGGGCAGGGACUUCUAAAGCAGAGUGUUACUCUUUCCAGAGCCAGCUCUAGUGAGCGAGACCUGUCUAUGAAACGACCUGCUAGAAGGACCAGUUCGGAGAGCCCCUGCAGGAUACCUCAGAGGACUACCUCAGGGAAUUUGCAAGGAAACAGAGACACUUUCAAAAGACAUGCUUCAUCACCUAGUAUAAAUAUUCUUAAUCGGGUAACCAGUCGGUCCUCCAUUCGUUCUUCAUCUUCUGACUCAAGUGGACGAGCAAAGAGUGAGAAAAAUACAGAGCUGGUUCAGCGGCAGCAACCAGGAUCAUCUGCCAAUGGUAAAGUUACCUGGAGGAGGAUUCGCGAUGAGGAUGUCCCUCACAUUUUGAAGAGCACUUUGCCAUCCAAUGCUCUACCCCUGGUGCCUUCUCCUGAUGGGCAUAAAAGGAUGAUGCCAGGGAAACUUCCUACUAUUUCACUGCCAUCAAGGAAAACAAGUGAUGCUAUUGUUCAGACGGAGGAUUUCUCUACUAAAAAGACAAACUCAAGCACAUCUCCAACUAUUGAGAAGGCUCCAGUCAUCUCUGAAGAGGCAGCAAAGGCAGUUCUGAUGAGAAAGAUGAGUAAAGCAUCUGGGAACAGCAUUCACAUUCAAGAUGGUGAUUCAGAUGGAUCCUUUAAGAGCCACAACAGUGCCUCCACUUCAGCCUCUCAGCCAGUGGAAGGGCACAAUGGGGGUGUUGGGCACUUCCGUCAUAGCUCUCCAAGCAAGGCUGUGAGAGUAACCCCUUUCAACUAUGUUCCCAGCCCUAUAGCCACUGGCCUGCAAGAUGCACUAACACAAGAGCCAACACUCAAUGAAAAGUCAGCAGAAAAGGUUGAGGCUCAGUAAAGAAUGAAUAGUUGAUUAAUAGAAAUCUGUUGAUUUGCUCCUUUGCUCCUCAAAUCCAAACACUCAGGUGUUCUUUUGAUAUUAGUAAAGUGUUUUAAUUUUUCCUCUGUAAUGUAACCUUUCCCAGGUUCUCUUGCAUCAGGAAUAGUUUAUUCAUAAGAAGGACAUACAAAACCUUCUUACAUCUUGAAUUUGUGCAUUGGAAAGGGAAAUUACAUGAACAAGAGAUCAGCAACUUAAGAUGUCUCUGAUUGGUUACAGUUCCUUUUUUAAUUUUAAUUUUUGAAUUUGUACAUAUAUCAUUGCCUGUUGCCUGUUAAAACAAAUAUUCAGCCUAUCACUUUGGUGGAAGAAAAUGUUUAUGGCACACCCACCAAUAUGCAAAACAUUUAGCCAGAACCCAAGAGAAGAUUGGUCUAUUAUUUAUUCAGAUGUGUAAUGGUUACUGUAAAAAAACUGAAAAAGACUGUUAAACCGUUAGAAAAGACCCAAAGAAACCAUGAGGGUCAGAUCUAAUGUACUUGGAAAAUCUCAUCACAAAUCAUGUUAAAGCUUUGCCUUUAAGACUUCAGACUAAAAAAAAGAACACUAUCAGCCUUCACUUUUCAGCCAGCUUUUUCCUGGAUUUCUCUGUGAUCCUUGUUGUUUAGAAGUAGUACUUCUGUUAACAUUGGCAGAUAAAGUACAUGUCAAGCUUCCCAGUGAGCAACAACUAUAUUACAUGUCACUUUUGACUGCAUGAUUAAUUUUCACCACUAUUAAACGUGUUCAAUUCCACAGAUGAUGUUGGACUGGAAUCUUCUCUGUGUCAUUCUUGAAAAUAAAAAGAGAAGAUUCAUAACAUCUAUAAGCUGUCAAAUAAGAAGAAAAAACAAGAGAAACUGUUUUUGACUCUACAGAACAGGUUUAAGGACUAUUAAAACCAACUGGAUAGCUGUAAAUAUUUCUGCUUAUUGUAUGUUUACUGUUAUUGUGUUUGACUCUAGAACUGGAUGCUCAAAAGUGAUUAGGAAGAAGGAACUCUGCAAGACAAAAAGGAGCAGCAUAUACUGGGUGCUUCUUACAGGAUUUAACUAGAAAUGUUCAUUGUUGCUCACACUCAAAAAUGCAUUGUUUGAAGCAGUUUUGUAUGACAGGAAGAGGAAAUGAAAGUUUUUCUUAAGAAAAGAAACAAUAACUUUGACUUAAAUGUCAAUAUAAUCUGUUGCAAUGCUAGUUUUAGGUUCCUUAAGUUUUGUAAAUGGUGCCACGCAACUGUUUGCAGCAGAUGCCUCUGUUCCCAUACAUUGUCUAUUGUUUUGUAAUAAAACCUGUACUUACAAAUGAAUUUCAGAAAGUAAGCUCUACAUGCUAUGCAGAGAAUAGACUAUACCAAUUCUAUUCUAUAUAGUGUUAAUCAGACUGAAGCCUACAUGCUAGGAGAUUGAAAACACAUUGAGGCAUGGAGUAAAAUAAUAUGAGCAUACUUGGUUGGUUUCAUUAACCAUACUCAUAUCUGGAAUAAAAGAGGAAAGAAUGGUGUGAGAACACUGACAGAUAGCAGCAGAUGUACUGACUAUUGAAAAAUAU